CAUCGCUAUCAUCAUGCACGCUAUUUAUAGCUCACACCGUCGUUAAAAUCAUUUGAAGCAAGGCUGUGUGGAACACACGGUACAAAAUACAACUACAUAUUAUGGUCGCGUGCUGGCAGAUUGUAUGAUUCUGCUGCAUACGGGGUUUCGUGUCUUUGUCUAUAUCGUCGUUAUUAUCAUCGUUGUUCUCUGAUAGAGAACACGCACUAUAGGUUUGGUUCCCGCCAAUUUGUUAUGGUUGAUCAGUGCACAAAGCAGAAUCGUCAUCAUUCUGAAGUCUUUUGGACGGGAUUCUCUGACUACAUGACCACCCUAUCAUCAGAAGACAAAAGUUUCAAGUUUAUUUCAUGAUUAUCGAAAGCAUAUAAUCAAUUGAUACUAGAAGGCCGUAUCAUUGUUAUUUGUGAUCAACACAGCAGCAGAGGGAUUUAGACUUAUAUCAAGCAAUAUUGCAGCAGGUACUUCGGAUAUACCCCAAGGUUCUUCUCUUAAUCAAGUGGAGACGAAUAACGUACUAACAGCAUGGAUGAAGGGCAUGAUGUUAAUGUCGGAGACCAUUCUGAAGGCAAUGAAUCAUCCGAAAAUCGAUCAAGGGUUGAAGAGGGCUCUCAGAAUUUCUACACAAACACUACAGAUACCACUUUUAAUGACAUGAAUCGGAGUGAUAGAGGUUCUGAUGGAGCUGCAGAGGCGUCAGAAAGUGGGCCUUCUUCGGGAGAAAUCCCAGGUUCUUUUCAGACUGAUGACGCGAAUGAUCAGUUUUCCGUGAUUCAAGAAUCUUCUGAUGGUACCAGCGAUAUGUCUCAUUCUACUCAGGUCUUUUGUUACCAGACCAAUAGAGACGGGCAUGAAAGAGAAGGGUAUUAUCCUCAGCUUCCUGAACAGAAGCAGUCAACAGCGGAAGAAAACUGUUGCUGUGUCGAGUGUGGGGUAACAUUUGCCAACAUAGAUCUUCUCCUAAAGCAUGUCCAACAACAUGAGGCUGAGCAGUAUGGCUCUGAGGAUAUCUAUCGUGGCCCCGAUGAUAUGGAAGCAGUAGAACAUAGCUCACCAAGAGUAGCCACAAGUCAGACGCCAAGUCCGACUAGAAACCUCAACAAUGUUUCCUGCAUGGAGUGUGGUGACGUCUUUGACAACGUGGAUGCACUUGUACGUCAUGUCGAAGUACAUGAGACUCUGAUGCGACAGAGACAAAGUAGUCAGAUGAGCGGAGAUCAUGAGUGUCAAGUAUGUCACCAGUCUUUCAUAAAUGAAAGACUCCUUCAAGAGCAUGUUAAAAGACACAAUUCACGGGGUGGUAUGACCUCUCCUAGUGGACAGUCACCAUCCAUUGGUCCAAAAGCAGAUUUCAAUGUUCACUCCUAUGUAGGUCGUCGUUCCCAAACUCAGAAGGGAGGCCCGUCAGGAUGCAGGACUGCCCAUUUGUGUCUAAUCUGCGGGGAUGUCUUUCGUCAACUGUCUAGUUUAGACAAACAUUAUCAGACUCACAAUAUGAACUUGCAAGUACUUGAUCAUAAGUGUGGCCUUUGUGGCAAAGUAUUCUCAAAGCUCAACAACUUGCAUAUUCAUAUGCGUCUUCACAACCAAGACAGACCUUAUGCAUGCUCACUCUGCGGGAAACGUUUCACUCAAAGUAGCCAUCUGAGACAGCAUGAACUUAUUCACACUCAGGUGCGUCCGUUCUCGUGUCGCUUCUGUCCGAAGACAUUCCGUCAGAGUAGUCAUCUACACAUGCAUGAGCGUAUACACACCGGGAUGCGACCCUACAAGUGCCAUCUUUGCGACAAGGCUUUCAUGCAAAGUAGUCAUCUGCGCAUUCACGAGCGCACACAUUCCAAAGUACGGCCGUAUAAUUGCAGGUUCUGCAACGCGACGUUCAUUCAGAGUGCCCACAUGCGCUUGCACGAAAAGAAACAUUUGAACGAGGCCGCCGGAAACGCUGAAUUGUCACCACAAAAAGGAUCAACACCAGAAUCUCAAAGUCCAAAGAUGACCACUCCUUAGAUCUUUUUAUUAGUUCUAACCUAGACAGUCGACCUAUUAAAAUGAAACCUGAUAAACUAGGGUAGGACUGUUUCUAGUGCCACUUCUGUUUUCUUGGAUGAGGAUAUCAACAUUACUUGAGGUACUAUAUAGUCAUAGAAGCACUGCGUUAUUUUUAAAAUGUUGAAAUAUGUUGGCUCACAUUAUAUGGAGAUUAUUAGAUUUCGACACUUCGGGAAUUACUUUUGCCAUAUUGAGUAACAAG